AACCCACACGAUUUCCGGGCUUUUCUGGGCAAAGGGGAAGCGGGUGUUCAGCACUCGCGGGGCGGCGCCAGCCUCUGGCUGCAAGGCCGCUCAGAGCGCGGAAAGCCCGGGUUCUCCGCGGGCAGAGGUUUGCCGCCUCUAGGGCCAACCCGCCUCUCGCUCCCGCCGCAUCUUCUCCGCCCCUUCCAGGCCGGGCGGUGGGACCGCCCCAGGCACCGGCUGGCGACCGGAGGAGCAAGGGCGGGUAGAGCGCUGACGCAGAAUCGGCCGCCGCUGGCCGGCCCCAGCCCUGCUGCCCGCGGCGCGCUCCGCCAUGGCGCGCGUUCUGAUCGUGGGCGCCGGGCUGACUGGAAGCUUGUGCGCCGCGCUCCUAAGGAAGGAGGUUUCCAGUCUUCGGUACCUCGCCGUGUGGGAGAAGGCUGGGGACUCAGGGGGAAGAAUGACUACUGCCAGCAGUCCUCAUAAUCCACAGUGCACAGCUGAUUUGGGUGCUCAGUAUAUCACCUGCACUCCUCAUUAUGCCAAAAAACACCAAACUUUUUAUGAUGAACUGUUAGCCCAUGGCAUUUUGAAGCUUCUAACCUCUCCUAUUGAAGGAAUGAUGAUGAAAGAAGGAGACUUUAAUUUUGUGGCACCUCAAGGAGUUUCUUCAAUUAUUAAGCAUUACUUGAAAGAAUCAGGUGCAGAAGUCUACUUCAGACGGUGUGUGACCCAGAUCAAUCUGAGAAAUGACAAGUGGGAAGUCGUCAGGGAAACAGGCUCCCCUGAGCAGUUUGAUCUUGUUGUCCUCACCAUGCCAGUUCCUCAGAUUUUGCAACUUCAAGGUGACAUUGUGAACUUAAUUAGUGAAUACCAAAGGCAGCAACUGGAGUCUGUAAGCUACUCCUCUCGCUAUGCUCUGGGCCUCUUUUAUGAAGCUGGCACGAAGAUUGACGUCCCUUGGGCUGGGCAGUACAUCACCAGUAAUCCCUGCAUACGCUUUGUCUCCAUUGAUAAUAAGAAGCGCAAUAUAGAGUCAUCAGAAAUUGGACCUUCCUUGGUGAUUCACACCACUGUCCCAUUUGGAGUUGCAUACUUGGAGCAUAGCAUUGAGGAUGUGCAGGAAUUAAUCUUCCAGCAGCUGGAAACAUUUUGCCAGGUUUUGCCUCAGCCAGUUGCUACCAAAUGCCUGAAAUGGAGACAUUCACAGGUUACAAAUGCUGCUGCCAACUGUCCUGGUCAGAUGACUCUACAUCUCAAGCCUUUCCUCGCAUGUGGAGGGGAUGGAUUUACUCAGUCCAACUUUGAUGGCUGCAUCACUUCUGCAUUAUGUGUUCUGGAAGCUUUAAAGAAUCAUCUUUAGUACCUUUAUUCUUAUUCUCUACAUUCUACUUUUGGUUGCUUUGUUUUCACAAUUUUCUGUUGUCAGUUAAUUUAGUUUCUAUUUUGUCAAGAAAAGUUACUAGAAAAGUGUUCUUCACUUAUGGUCAUUUUUCAUAUACAGUAUAAAAUCAAUUUUAUAAUUCUGAUGGUUAUAGCCAAUUAAAAAUGAAAACUCUUUGUACCUUACAUCUUUCCCUACUUUUCUGAAUUGCUAUGACCAAUCCUUACUGGAGGAAAACUGGUGCUUAAUAAUAACAAAUGACCUGCCCCCAAAGUUAUAUUAAAUCAAAAGUAACAGUUUGUAUGCCAAAACCUCUAUUAUCCUCUUGAAAUCAUUUCUGAAUAAGCAAAUCAAAUAAAUGGAUGGAGUUGGAGAAUAUCAUGCUAAGUGAAAUAAGCCAAUCCCAAAAUACCAAAGACCAAAUGUUUUCCCUAAUAAAUGGAGAAUGAUAUAUAAUGGGGGUGGGAGGUAUGG